AUGGCCAGUCUGAUUCGUAAUUCGUCUGUGGGAGUCUUCAUCACCAUCUGUCGUGGCAAGACUCCGACCUUCUCCCGUCAGAAUUUGGAUGUCAAAGAUAUUGAAGCUAUCGCCGAGGAGGCUGCUGAAGAUGCCACAGUCACUCCGCCCCCUGAAUCCUCCGAUACCGAGAAGGACGAGAAGGAGAUCGAGCGGGAUGCUGAGACAAAUGUGGCGCGCACCAUCUCUGGCAGACAGCUGCGUAUCGUGACAUGGAACGGCAAGGAUGACCCCGACAACCCACAGAACUGGCCAAUGUCGCAAAAGAUUUGGAUCACCCUGCUUAUUAGUGCCUACACCUUCGCCGUCUACGUCGGCAGUUCAAUCUACUCGCCCGCCCAGCCGUACAUCCAGGAUGCAUACGGCGUCAACCAUCUGGAAGGCGCUCUCGGCCUGGCUCUCUACGUCCUAGGCUACGGCACCGGCUCUCUCCUCUUCUCACCACUCUCGGAGAUCCCUGCCGUCGGCCGCAACCCACCAUAUGCCAUCUCCGGCAUUCUCUUCGUGAUCCUCUGCAUCCCAUCAUCGUUGAUCGACAACUAUGCCGGCCUCAUGGUCCUGCGUUUCCUGAUCGGCUUCAUGGGCUCUCCCCUGCUAGCAACCGCAGGAGCAACCCUGACCGACAUCUGGGCACCGCCGAUGAUGCCCUUUGCCAUCGCCAUCUGGUCGUUCGUCGCCUCAGCGUCGCCAGCACUCGGACCCACGCUCUCCGCGUACGCCAUUGCCCACUUCGACGACUGGCAUUGGCACAGCUGGAUCCUGCUCAUGCUGUCCGGCCCCGUCAUCAUCCUUGUCCUCUUCUGCCUUCCGGAAACCUCGCCGCAGACCAUCCUGUACUACCGCGUGAAGCGUCUCAAGCAGGAAGGCGACAUCAACGUCACAUCCGAGGCAGAGCAGAAGCAGAAGGGCCUGAGCAUGGGUGCGCUGUUCUGGGAUGCCAUCAUCAAGCCGUGGGAGAUGAACAUCAAGGACCCCGCGUUGCUGUUCACCACGAUCUAUAUUGGAUUGGUGUACGGCAUCUUCUAUUCCUUCUUCGAAUCGCUGCCGCUAGUGUACCCGGUCUAUUACAACUUCCCGGCAACGAACACAUCAUUGAUAUUCCUGGCUGUCAUUUUGGGCGCCAUGAUCGGCUUCUGCCUACACAUCACCUAUAUGGUGAAGCGUGCGUUUCCCAGACUGAUGAACGGCACUUUCGGCGAGCUGGAGAAUCAUCUCCUUGCCGGCGUGUUUUCUGGACCGCUCAUCACCAUUGGACUGUUCAUUUACGCCUGGACUUCAAGGCCUAGUGUACACUGGAUUGCGCCUACGAUAGGUCUCGGAACAGUUAUUGUGGGCAUCUACUGCAUUGCGCAGAGUAUUCUCAUGUACAUUCCCAUGAUCUACCCCCGGUAUGCUGCGAGUAUAUUCGCUGCCAACAGUCUGAGCCGAAGCGUCUUCGCUUUCGCCGCCAUCCUCUACAGCAGGCCCAUGCUCGAAGCACUCGGCGUCGACGGCGGAGUCAGCUUCUGCGCUGGCCUCAUGGUCAUCUGUAAUGUCGGCAUGGUACUCCUGUGGAAGUACGGCAAGCCCCUGCGUGAGAGGUCAACCUUUGCGCAAAGCUGA